AAAUAUUUGUCGCUCCUUUCUUUUUCCCCAUUUUUAUCAUAUUUGAACAACUCACCACAGUCAUUAUUUAGGAAAUGGACGCUCUGGAGAAGCUCGAAUACCUCUCCUUAGUAUCCAAGAUAUGUACAGAACUUGAUAACCACAUGAGUAUUAAUGAUAAAGACCUUGCUGAAUUCAUCAUAAAUCUCGCCAAAAAAGGGAAAAAGCUUCCUAAAUUUAAACAACUGCUGAAGAAAAAUGGAGCAGAGUUCCCGGAAUCAUUUAUUAACAAUGUUUUCAGACUGAUUCAAACAAUGCAGCCGUCGCUUCUCGUCAAGAAAGGUUCCUCAUCCAAAACAGAACUGAAGCCCACCAACACAGAAUCAGAUUUCCCAGCCCUGUGCAUACCGGACGGACAUUUUGCUCCGGAAUUAGAAGCUGAUGUAGUGACGGAUGCUCUGGCGGAGUUAGAGGCCCUAGCACCUUCUAGUAAGGGUGAAGAGUCGAGUAAGGUUGAGGAUGACAAGAAAUGGGACAGCGAAGAGGAGAGUAAACCUACCGAAUGGGAUGAUGAGAAAUCCGCACAAAACGCCAGGUCACGCGGUACAGAUAGUAGACCACAGCAGAGAAGAUCAAGGAGUCGGGAUAGACGAAGAUCUCGAGACAGGGACCGGAGACGGUCCCGAAGUAGAGAUAGGGGGGACAGAAGGAGAUCUAGGAGUAGAGAUGGUGGGCGUCGAGACGAACGUAAUAGAACGAGAUCGGGAGACAGAGGAAAAACAGACCGAUACUACAACAAACGAAGACGGUCUCGCAGUCCUGCUCACCACAAACCACCAGUAGCUGUUGUUCCGGAGGUGGGUGGUGUUUACCGAGGGAAGGUUAAGAAGCUCAUGCAGUUUGGUUGUUUUGUUGCGAUUGAUGGUUCCAAAAAUGAGGGUCUUGUCCACAUUUCUCAACUUAAAAAGGAGCGGGUAAACCGCGUAGAAGACUGUGUUCAGCAAAACGACGCUGUUUGGGUCAAAAUACUUUCUAUAGUUGGUCACAAGACAAGUUUAUCCAUGAAAGAAGUGGACCAGACAUCAGGAAAGGAUCUUAACCCACGUGACCUAAACAAACCGAUCGUUAACGUGGCCCGGGUCUCAAAACUGGAGGCAGAGAUGAACCAGCUGAGGGAGGAGAUAGACGAGGGGGAGGAAGCUGGUGGAAAAGCUGGUGUGACACGACUCACCUCCCCUGAGAGGUGGGAAAUCAAGCAGCUUAUCGCUGCUGGUGUGCUGGACAAGAGUGAGUACCCCACUAUUGAUGAGCUGGAGGAGGGUGAUGGGUCUGAUAUUGAGGAUGUUGAGAUUGAGCUGGCGGAGGUGGAGCCGCUCUUCUUACGAGGUCAAACCAAGCUGAGUGUACAGCACUCUCCGAUCAGGAUUGUUAAGAAUCCGGAUGGGUCCCUCCAACGUUCUGCCACAACCCAGAGUGCGUUAGCUAAGGAGAGACGAGAAGUGAGGACUGAAGUGAGGAACAAUAGGAAAGAUGAGACCGCCUCCACUUCCUCAUUCCAUGACCCAACUCCUAACGCUUCGAAACAAAAAGAAAGUUACGGCAAGUUCAAAGUUGAGGAACAAGAGGAUGUGCCUGAAUGGAAGAAAGCUACUUUCGGGAAAAAGGUAUCUUACGGCAAGCGUACAGAUCUGACAAUUGUCGAGCAAAGAAAAGGUCUUCCGAUUUAUCAGCUGAAGGCCCAGCUGGUGGAAGCCAUUAACAAGCACAAGAUUCUAGUGGUAAUCGGUGAAACAGGAAGUGGUAAAACCACUCAGAUGACCCAGUACCUGUACGAGGAAGGUUACUGUCUGAAGGGUAGGAUCGGGUGUACUCAGCCCCGUAGGGUGGCCGCAAUGUCAGUAGCAAAACGGGUGUCCGAAGAGUUUGGGUGUCGACUUGGGGAGGAGGUCGGGUACACUAUCCGUUUCGAGGAUGUAACCUCGGAGGACACCAAGAUUAAAUACAUGACAGAAGGUAUGUUGUUGAGAGAAUGUUUGAUAGAUCCUGAUCUUACUCAAUAUUCCGUCAUCAUGCUGGACGAAGCUCACGAAAGGACAGUGCAGACAGACGUCUUGUUCGGUUUGAUGAAAAAGGCCAUCCAAAAGAAGCCAGACUUGAAGCUUAUUGUGACAUCCGCUACCCUAGACGCUGCUAAGUUUUCAUCCUAUUUCUAUGAAGCUCCGAUAUUCACGAUACCGGGCCGCAUGUUUCCUGUGGAGGUAUUCUAUGCAAAAGAGCCAGAAUCAGACUAUUUGGAUGCCUCUUUGAUAACUGUUAUGCAGAUUCAUCUAACUGAACCCCCAGGAGAUGUGUUGUUGUUUCUUACAGGUCAGGAAGAGAUCGACACAGCUGCAGAGAUGUUGUUUGAGAGAAUGAAGAUGCUGGGAGAGGAUGUCCCCGAGCUGGUUAUUCUCCCUGUUUACAGUGCACUGCCAAGUGAAAUGCAGACCAGAAUAUUCGAUCCUGCUCCUCCUGGGUCUCGUAAAGUCGUCAUAGCAACUAACAUCGCUGAAACCUCCCUCACUAUCGAUGGCAUAUACUACGUGGUAGAUCCUGGUUUUGUGAAACAGAAAGUUUACAACUCCAAAGCAGGACUGGACUCGUUGGUGGUGGUCCCCAUUUCUCAGGCUCAAGCUAAGCAGCGUCAGGGUAGAGCUGGUAGAACGGGACCCGGUAAAUGCUACAGGCUGUACACAGAACGAGCUUACAACGAUGAAAUGUUGCCUACAGCCGUUCCUGAGAUUCAGCGGACCAACUUAGCUAGUACCAUUCUCCAACUCAAAGCUAUGGGCAUCAAUGACCUACUCUCGUUUGAAUUCAUGGACCCCCCUCCCAAGGAUUCUAUGAUAAGCGCGAUGGAGGAGCUCCACUCGCUCAGCGCGCUGGAUGACGAGGGUCUCCUCACCAAGCUUGGGCGGAGAAUGACAGAGUUCCCUCUCGAGCCUCAGCUAUCAAAACUUCUUAUCCAGAGCGUAAAUCUGGGUUGCAGUGAUGAGGCUAUCACGAUUGUAUCCAUGUUGUCCAUUCAGAACGUGUUCUACCGCCCAAAAGAGAAGCAGACUCUAGCGGAUCAGAAGAAAGCAAAGUUCCAUCAACCGGAGGGAGACCAUCUGACCCUGCUUGCUGUUUAUAAUGCGUGGAAGAACAAUAACUUUGCUUCUCAUUGGUGUUACGAGAACUUCCUACAAGCAAGGACGCUGAAACGAGCACAAGAUGUCAGAAAGCAAAUGUUGGGCAUCAUGGACAGACACAAGCUAGACGUAGUAUCCUGCCUCCGCAAAACUACCAAAAUACAAAAAGCAAUCUGCUCGGGCUACUUCCGAAACGCGGCCAAGAAAGACCGAGAAGAGGGCUACAAAACAGUUGUGGAUAACCAGGUAGUCUACAUCCACCCCUCCAGCUCCCUGUACCAGCGGCAGCCUGACUGGGUUGUGUACCACGAACUAGUGCUGACCACUAAAGAGUACAUGAGGGAGUGCACUGCUAUAGAUGCAAAGUGGCUGGUGGAACUGGCGCCUACUUUCUUUAAGACAGCUGAUCAGACUAAGCUUAGUAAGAACAAGAAGGCUGAGAAAAUUGAGCCGUUGUUUAAUAAAUACGAGGAACCAAAUGCCUGGCGUAUUUCCAGGAGUUUUAGGAGGGGGAAGUGAAGUGUUUUCAGUUUUAUGGAAGAAGUCGACGAAUUGAAGGAAUUUCCACUCACCAGACUGUCGGAUUUGUGUCG